GCGAAGAGGAAGGACAACCUUAGUCACCGAUGAGCCGGGAUAAUUGACGGGUUUGGGGGAGUAGGUAGUUUGGGAGGGGUCUGACUGCCUUAGUGCGAGAUGACGACUGCCGCUCUUCGCACUCGCUAACACGGACAAACUCGCAGGCCCAACGGCGGCGUAGCGGAGGACCGCCGACGUGGUCCAGGGACGCGGCCGAGUGGGAUGGAUGAUUGGAUUCUUGGAGGAUCGCGGAGGGACGGCGAAUUCCACAUGAGCCACAUGCGUCAACGCAAAACGCUCCCGGCCCAAGGGCCCCAAACGUCACCAGUGCACCACCACCUGCUAUGCUGAUGUUUGCGCUAAGGGUCUUGGUGGUCUUUUCGGAUUCGCUUGGGGUUUUAGUCGCAUUUACGAACUGUCGUCUUGUCUUUGGUGGCAGGCUUGCACGUGGCUACCUCUUGAUUAUUGUGGCUACGUCGUGUACCUUACCUACUAGGUCCUUGCUGCACCAAGUAGUACUGUCCAUUGUCUUGUUGCAGAUUGCUGUCAGCAUGACUAUCUGCGUGUCAAAAAGCCAUGACAAUUAGAACAUACAGCAAAACUACCUUUCACAACGUCGUCGGAAGGAGCGAUAAGAGUUAGUACCUACCAUAUUUGUACUGCUUGUAAAGCGUUGUCGCAAACAGUUUGAGGUUCAGAGAAACGAAUACAUUGGAUUUGAGUACACAAAAGAG